GAAUUCAACAGAUUACAUCAUUGAGCUUGGCCCAAAUAAUUUGGACCUAGCAACCUGGGGCCUGGGCACUGAAGAUCUGAUUCACAAAUUCUCUAUGUAGGCCCAAGGUUAUAAAGUCCAGCAAGGAGAGUAAUUGGACAAGUGACACAAGUCCAACGUCCACAAGAAAAGAGGAAGAGGAAAUCAAGCAACCCCCCCAGCAUGGCUGGAAGCGAGUGACACAGCAAAUUCAGGAUAAUGUUGAUAACGGUCAGAGCAACUUCGUCUUCACCCCUUAGCUUCAUCUCCAACCUCUCUCCUCUCGACUCUAAAGCCUCCCCAAGACUCAGAACCUCUAUCUGCAGAGCUAGUUUCAGUGUACCCAGAAAGCCCAGCGGCAGCAACAGCCAAUCAUGGAACCUUGGGUUGCUUUCUUACGGCUCCAAGGGAUCAGUUUUUGAUCCCUUGGGUAUCAAUCCAGAUGUCUCUGGUGAUCGACAUGGUGCUUGGGAAAGUUUUGUAGCACUUUUAACGCCAACAUUUGAGAGUGCAUCUAGUACAAAAAAGGAUAAACCUUCAAGCCGAGGAUUAGCAGCUGCAAUUGAGGAUAGUUCCAUUGAUUUUGGGGACUUCUUCAAAGGUCCACUACCAAGGAAAUUUCUUAAGCUUUUGGGAUAUUUAGCCUUAUCCCGGCUUGGAAUUUAUAUACCUCUUGGUGGGGUUAACAGAGAGGCUUUUGUUGGCAAUUUGGAUCAGAACAGUUUUUUGAGCACUUUGGAUUCCUUUUCCGGGGGAGGCAUUGGUAGACUAGGAAUAUGCUCUCUUGGUAUCGUUCCAUUUAUCAAUGCACAGAUUGUGUUUCAACUACUUGCUCAAAUUUAUCCCAAAUUGCAAGAGCUCCAGAAAAGAGAAGGUGAAGCAGGAAGAAAGAAAAUUCUUCAGUAUACUAGAUAUGCUUCAAUUGGUUUUGCAAUAGUACAGGCAAUUGGCCAGGUACUUUAUCUUCGUCCAUAUGUCAAUGAUUUUAGUACACAGUGGGUUCUUUCCUCAGUUGUUUUGUUGACUCUUGGUUCUGUAUUUACUACGUAUCUUGGGGAAAGGAUCUCAGAUCUAAAACUUGGAAACGGAACAUCUCUUCUGAUAUUUACAAACAUUAUCUCCUACUUGCCACCAUCUUUUGGAAGGACAGUUGCACAGGCAUUUCAGGAUGGUAACUACAUUGGGCUUGUCUCCCUCAUUAUUUCAUUCUUCCUACUAGUUCUUGGCAUUGUAUAUGUCCAGGAAGCUGAGAGGAAAAUUCCUCUCAACUAUGCCUCAAGAUACACCAGUAGAAGUGGAGGGCUUCAAAAAUCUGCUUACCUACCUUUUAAGGUGAAUAGCUCUGGAGUGAUGCCAAUCAUAUUUUCAACUUCAUCACUUGCUCUUCCUGGUACUGUAGCACGAUUCACUGGUAUUUCUACCCUAAAGAAUGCUGCAGUAGCUUUGAAUCCAGGAGGUUCUCUCUAUCUUCCUACCAAUAUUUUGUUGAUUGCCUUUUUCAACUACUACUACACUUUUCUACAACUGGAUCCUGAUGAUGUUAGUGAGCAGUUGAAGCGUCAAGGUGCAUCGAUCCCACUGGUCCGGCCGGGUAAAACUACAGCAGCAUUUAUUAAAACGGUUCUUAGUCGCAUAUCAGUUUUGGGUUCAGCUUUUCUAGCAAUCUUGGCUGCUGGUCCUGCAGUGAUUGAGCAAACGACACACUUGACUGCAUUCCGGGGAUUUGCAGGAACUUCUGUUCUGAUUCUUGUUGGCUGUGCCACAGACACUGCAAGAAAAGUGCAAGCAGAGAUAAUAUCUCAGAAGUACAAGAAUAUUGAGUUUUAUGACUUUGACAGGUAUGGACCAUAAAAGGGAUCAGAAAUUAAGGACCAGUAGAGGAUGAGAAACCAUGACUCGUAUUAAUUCUCAGCAAGGCCUCUAGAAGAUGAUGCCAAGGCAAAGGCAUGUUUUACCAAGCUGUAUUUGCAGCCUAUGAGACAUGUUUUCUUUCUUUGAAAUACAAGAGCAAUUUGGAUGUAACUUGUAUAUAUGCUGCCUAGAAGCCACAGUUUUUUUUUUAUUUAUUUUUUAUUUUUUAAUAAUAAAACAUUAUUGGAAAA